AGUGAAACAGGCGCUGUCAGAAGGAGUGGAUAUACACUUGUCGGCUCAGCUGAUUUGAAUGACAACAAUAUUUUGAAAAUAGUCGGAUACAUUUUCAUCUGCUGAGCUAACGCUUGGAGGAAGGAUCGCACGAAAUAAGGUUAUCAGAGCAGCAGCUUCUCAGGGGAACGAGAGAAGCCUUGUGAAUAUUUGGUGAAGCGAUAGCAGCGGCGACACCUGGUCUCCCGAGUCCCCACGUUCGCUUUCAUCCUCAUCAGAGUGGAGAAACAAGAUGGGGAAUGGAUUAUCAGAGCCCCAUGCCAUCUUUCCGUGCCUGCCGUCCUUCCAGGCCCUGCACAUUGUUAUUCUCGGAUUGGACUGUGCCGGUAAGACCACAGUGUUGUACAGACUACGCUUCAACGAGUUUGUGAACACCGUUCCCACUAAGGGCUUCAACACAGAGAAGAUCAAAGUAAAUCUUGGUCCUAAAAGCCGGACUGCCACCUUUCACUUUUGGGAUGUAGGGGGUCAGGAGAAGCUCCGACCACUCUGGCGCUCAUACACACGGUGUGCCGAUGGCCUUGUGUUUGUGGUGGACUCGGUAGAUGCAGAACGCAUGGAGGAAGCCAAGACGGAGCUACAUAAGAUCACACGGCUUCAGGAGAACCUGGGGGUGCCUGUGCUGGUGGUGGCUAACAAGCAGGACCUGCGUAGCGCUUUGCCCCUCUCUGAAGUUGAACAGAUGUUGGCGCUGAAUGAGCUCGGUUCCCAUACACCCUGGCACCUCCAACCGGCUUGUGCCAUCAUCGGAGAAGGUCUCCAAGAAGGCCUUGAACGCCUCCACACCAUGAUCAUCAAGCGGAGAAAAAUGAUGAGGCAGCAGAAACGGAAAAGAUGACUCUUUGGUGAUGAGAAUGUGAGCUGGUAGGCCUCUGUGAUGGCUCCGCUACUAAUGUGCCAUAGGCCUUUGUGGCCACUGCGCUCCUGGAAGUAUUGUUUCAUCGGGCUGAGUUUUAUCAGUCAGGAGGUCCUGGAUGGGUACAGUUCAGAGACUGCGAGAGGACAAUAUUGAUUGUCCACUUUGGUUAUCGGAUUGUAGCAGCUGUGGGACGAUCACAUGGAACUUUCACAUUAACGCAGUGUUACGCAAUGUCAUUGGGUCUGUGGUACAUCCAGUUCUUGUGAAGGACAGUACUGGACAUGAACUUGUAAAUGACAGAGACUGUUCGCCAAAGAGUUGGUUAUUGUCUGACAUGUUACACGUAUCUAAUAUCCUAGCAUUCAUAUGAAGUCUUGAAAUGGAAGGACUGAUUACCAAAGCUGCCAUGGACUAAUGAAAAAAAAAACCUGCACAUUCAGGAUGAUUAGUUUUAUCCAGAAUGACCACCCUUCAUUUUCCCUGAGUGUUUGUCGUCUCGGUGGUCAGGGGAACCAGAAUAAGCUUUAUGGAUCACUUGUUGGGGAACGCACAAAUGUUUAUUUGACUAGACUCACUGAAGCAGGGUAUUUCGCUAACCACUAAAGUAUUUCAACAGGUGGAUGUGGAAAGAUUUGUAAGGUGUAAAAUCCUUCUCAAGUGGCCCUGUUGACUGACACAUGGAGGACUUGAGGACUACUAGCAUUAUUUCUAGCUGUACCUACAUUGUGUGCUCUCCUGAACAACAAGAGAUGUUAAAUGCACUUUAGCAAUUCCCUUUUCUAAAAUAUGAACUUGUAAAAUCUGAUUUUUUUUUUUUGUAAAGAGUUUAUCAUGUUACAAAAAUGAAGUAACGUAUUGCUUCAAAUGAAGCGUUUUUUUCAACUCUCCACUGUUUCACAUUCAGAUGUGUAAAUUUGUCACUCGGUGAUUGUGUGUUGGGAUUUUCAUAUUUAUGUGUCAGAAUUUGUACACUUUGAAUAAAUCCACAACUACACUGAA